GUUUUGACAACUUGCUUCAAUUUGACGUUUAAAAACACGUGCGUUGUUUACAAGUCAAGUUUCAUUUUUGUGAUUGUUACCUACAGCAAAUGUGAUAAUGGGUAAAGCGAAAAAGUUGAAGCCCUCGCAGAUGGGAGCAAAGAAGUCUCUUGAAGAGGACAUUGCUGCUGGACAAUCGGUGAAAGCGAAGAACAGGAAUAAAGUGCGCUCAAGAGAUGAGGAGGAUGAUGAGUAUGUCGAUGCUGGUCUGUCAAAGAAAAUCCUGUCUGCUGUCAGGGAGCAGCAGAGGGAAAUGGAAAACGAAUUUGUGCCUACUCCUGUUGAAGCUAUCGCACAAAAGAAAAAGGUGAAACUGGAUAUUUCAGAUGAUGACAAUUCUGAUUCUGAAGAGGAGACUGCUGAGCCUCCAGACACGUUUUACGAGGAUCUGGAGAUCAAUGAGGAUGACGAGAAGGCAAUGGAGUUGUUCAUGAGCGCAAAUCCGGCGCCGAGGAGGACUUUGGCUGAUAUCAUUAUGGAGAAAAUUACUGAAAAACACACAGAAUUGGAUACACACUUCACUGACGCGGGCUCGUUGCAAUUACAAGACUUAGACCCCAGGGUUAAACAGAUGUAUGAAGGUGUUAAAGAGGUGUUGCAGAAGUACAGGAGCGGAAAGAUACCGAAAGCGUUUAAACUUGUGCCCAAGCUGAGGAAUUGGGAACAAAUACUUUAUAUAACUGAUCCACCUACUUGGUCCGCUGCUGCAAUGUAUCAGUCUACAAGGAUAUUCGCUUCAAACUUGAAGGAGAAGAUGGCCCAAAGGUUUUACAAUUUGGUUUUACUGCCUCGUAUAAGAGACGAUUUGGCUGAGUAUAAGAGACUAAACUUUCACUUGUAUCAAGCGGUUAAAAAGUCUUUGUACAAACCGGGAGCGUUCAUGAAGGGCUUCCUUUUGCCACUCCUCGAGAGCGGAAAUUGUACGCUUCGCGAAGCUAUAAUCAUCGGUUCUAUCGUUGCCAAAAACUCUAUACCGAUUCUGCACUCAUCCGCAGCUAUUUUGAAGAUCGCCGAGAUGGAUUAUACCGGAGCAAAUUCGAUCUUCCUUAGGAUAUUUUUCGAUAAAAAGUACGCUCUGCCAUACAGGGUCGUGGAUGCGGUGGUUUUCCAUUUCUUGAGAUUCGAAAGAGAUACCAGAGAAUUGCCAGUGCUAUGGCAUCAAGCAUUCCUGACUUUUGUGCAAAGAUAUAAAGCGGAUAUCUCCAGCGAACAAAGAGAUGCUCUAUUGAAUCUCCUGAAGAAGCAGAACCAUCCGACUAUAACGAACGAGAUCAGACGCGAGCUGCAGCACGCCAAAUGUAGGGACGCUGAGACGGAACAACCAAAAAUGGAUUUCGUCUAACCUUAACAUAAAUUAUAAGUUUGUAUA